AUGGCUUCUAUGCUUUUUAGCGGGAGUGGUGCAACUGGCUUGGAGCCAGCCGCCAAGGACACCAUCACCAUUGCUCAUCCUCUGAAGACUAUGAAAAUCAACACAGCGGCUAUCAAGGCCAAAUACGAAGAAGAGCGAGCCAAACGAAACAUUAUUGGGGUGUCGCAGUUCAAGCACGCUCAAGGCUCCAACGCGCGCUUCAAAAGCGAUGUACUGAAGCCAACAGCAAGGCGAGAUCCCGUCACCCUCAAGACAAGCACUUUGAUUUGUGGUGCUGGCUUUGCCGGUCUUGUAACGUCCGUAAAUCUCAAGCAAACACACGGCAUUGAUGACUUUGUCAUCAUCGACAAGGCAGGGGGCUUCGGAGGGACGUGGUACUGGAAUCAAUAUCCAGGGGUUGCCUGCGACGUCGAAUCAUACCUUUACAUGCCAUUUCUUGAAGAGACUGGAUAUACACCCAAACAGCGAUUCUCGUAUGGACCUGAGAUUCGAGAGCAAGUUGGAAGAAUCGUGAAAAAGUGGGAUCUAGAGCCACAUGCUUAUUUCCAUACUGAAAUUACUGCCAUGGACUGGGACGCAUCCAUCAAGCGCUGGCAUGUCUACACAAACCAACAAGACCAUUUUAUUGCGCAGUUCGUUGUGUUGGCUACCGGAACCUUCCACGAAAUGAAACUCCCUGGUCUCCCAGGGCUCGAGACUUUUCAGAAUCCUCACUUUCAUAGCAGCCGGUGGGAUUACAACAUUACGGGAGGUUCCCCUACAGAUUGGAAUCUGGACAAGCUAGCCGACAAGACAGUCGGCAUUAUCGGGACGGGAGCAUCAGCGGUUCAACUCGUACCCCAGCUGGCCAAGAAUGCCAAAAAGCUGUACGUGUUUCAAAGAACACCGUCCUCCAUUACGUGGCGAGAAAACACAGCCACAAGCGAUGACCCCGAAAUCUCUGCUUUAGUCCAACAAAAAGGCUGGCAACGGGCCCGAAUGGAUGAGUUUGCCAACAUCCUACAAGGUGCCAUCACGGAUCAUGACUGUUCAGCACUGGAAGGUUUAGAAGCGCUCACGGUUCGAGCGCUAGUCAGGGAAGCCCAAGAGGCGGGCGCAACAAUGCGACCAGAAGAAAUUCCCGAGCUGCUGCAGAUGGCCGACUUCAGACUUAUGGAGACCAUCAGAAAGAAGAUCGAAAACACAGUUCAGGAUCGGGCGACGGCUGAAUCUCUGAAGCCGUGGUACCCGUUCAUGUGCAAGCGACCAACAUUCAACAAUGACUACCUUGCAGCGUUCAACAACCCCAACGUAGAGCUGGUCGAUACAGGUGGCCAAGGCGUGGAGCGAUUGACAUCUACGGCGGUUGUGGCCAAUGGCCGUGAGUACCCCGUCGAUAUUCUCGUAUACUCAACGGGGUUUGACUACGAGACCGAUGCCGACUUCUACCACCGAACGGGCAUCCGCCUUGUGGGGAGAUCCGGCCGUACCAUAGAUGAAGCGGCGGCUGACCGCCGCGGGCCCGCUACUCUUUUCGGUAUCCACUUCCGCGAGUUUCCAAAUCUGUUCAAUAUUGGACCCGCUCAGUCAGGUGUCACUGCUAACUGGACGCACACGACUUACGUAGCUGGUGAGCAUAUUGCAGCUGUCAUUGCGGACUUGCGCCGCGGGAAAAAGCUGGGUGAGAGUGACUGUGUGGAGGCCAUAGAACCCACUGAAGAGGCUGUAGAGAGCUGGGGUAAGCAGGUUGACGAGGGGCAUGAGAUGCGAUUGCAGUUCAAUUCGAGUUGCCCCCCGGGUUAUUACAACAAGCAAGGCCAGCCUGAAGAUAUUUCUUCGCGCAUGGCCUAUUAUCCGAAAGGUAUCAUAGAGUGGCAGAAAGUGAUGAGAGAAUGGAGAGAGGAGGGUGACUUGAAAGGCAUGUCAAAGACAUAG